GUAAUGAAGUUGCGGUCUUUAAGUAAGGAAGAGGCAGACCGGGGUAUUAAUUAUUGAUAUUUUGCAUGAAAAACUAAUGAUAUCGUAUUAUUAGGGUUAAAUCUUGCACUCAUCCUAAGCAUAGAUAUAAGAUUGAGACCAACGCAAAGGAGCAUCAAUUGACAGGUAUUGUCAUUACGCAUCCCAAAUGUAAUAUUGUGAUUGUGGAAGGAGGGCCUAAAGCAAUCAAGGCAUAUAAAAGACUCAUGUUAAGACGUAUCGACUGGAACGAUAUGCCACCACCAAAGAAUUUAGUAGAAGAUGAAACUGCUAUGGACGUUGAUAAUCCCGCACCUUUUGGACUUCCCGAAGGCGAGGAGAAUAAAUGUUUCUUAGUAUGGACAGGUGCGGUUAAAAACAGAUCAUUUAAAAAGUUCACAUGGCGCUCAUUCCAAAGUGAGAAGAUGGCUCGUGAAGAAUUGGGUAAAUGGAAUGUGGAGAACUACUGGGAUGCUGCCUUGUUAGCUACGGAUGAAGAACUGGCUGCAAGACAACCACAGCUUUAAACAUAACAAUAAAAAAUCUAUUUUGACGAUUUCAUAUCCCGUCCCGGAUAGUGGGGGGAGAAGGGGGAGUUUUAACUUGGAGCAUAGGAAGUGCUGGGAGAA